GUGUGUGUGUGUGUGUGUGUGUUUUCUUUUUUUGCUACCGCUACCAAGGCAGGGAAGAAGCAAAAGAGCAAAGAAAAACGGUAGACGAGGCGAUACACUGCGCUCGAGGGUAUUUCUGUUACGGGGCUUAUCGAAUCUAGUUGGAUGGGUCUUACCUCCGUCCCCCGUUACACCGGCUCGCCCUGACACCCCGUUACACGCGUCGCCAACGGAAAGGAGCAGGAAAGGGGGCCUAUAAAUGGGAGCAUUGGGCGGGUGCAGGCUGGGCAACCUUUAAAAGCUGUACGGAGCACACGGCACUGCUGUUGUGUAGUUUAUUGGUGUGUAUAUACAUUGCGCGAUCUGUUCCUCAUUUGCGAGUCGCGAAUUCCCGGGUCUUACUCAGCACCGAAUUCGAUUCGGGAAAGAUAACGAACCCUGAAACAGACAUCACACACACACACAUACAUAUACUCACACACACGCAUACACGCCCUUGCGCCGGCCAGAGGGAGGAAAGGGACGGGCCGGUGUGCUCACAGAUUUUCCACCAAGGGCUGAACCCUACCCCGAAAACGGAUGCCUUCGCCCGCUGAUGUGUGUUCUCGCUUUCCAUCGAGCGGGAUUGCAUCGAGGUUUCUGCACGCACACACCAACGGGCCCACCACAUACAACAGAGGAAAAGCGCUUGCGCCCUUCGUACGGUUUUCACCCAGCAAGCGUACGAACACUCCCGAAAGGGCGCGCUAGCAAACUUCAAAUCCAUUUCUCCACCAAGCUUCUCCUCAUCUUAGCUCGCUGUUAAAGCAUACACACACACACACACACACACACACACACACACACACACACACACACACACAAAUACAUUUACAAUGAAAGCAUGAAAAGGGCUCAAACGCCCACCGUGCGCGUUGACAACGGUGCUAGCUGUAUUUGUGUGUUGCCUACCUUUCAGGCGCAAUUUUCAUCGAAACUGCUGCCACUGCUGAUGCUGCUGCUAUUCAGCAAUGGGGGACGCGUCCCGAAAAACACGCAGCAGCAAGCAGAACGGUGCGGAAAGCGAGAAAGCAGAAAGCUUAAUCACAACUUCGGAGUGAAUCUCUCCCGAGAUCCACACACACACAUACACACACACACACAUACACACACACACAUACACUUAUUCUCAUCCUGCUUCAAUCUUCCCUCGCCUCCUCGCCCCAUUACUUUCUCUCCAGCUUCCUCCCUUCCCCCUCUUUCCUUCUUCUCACUACCCAUCGUUGCUCUCACGCUCGCACACACUCGCGUAGCUGUUGGGUGUGCGCCCGUUGGCCCCGUGGCUGGCUUCACAGCUUCCACCACCACACAAACACACACACACACACACACAUACACAAACCUUGCGGUUCACGUGCCAACGUGCUGUGCCCGCCGCACUUAAGCUUCAUCCGAAAGCGUCCGACGACGACGAUGAUGAUGAUGACGAGGACGACGACGACGACGGCGAGGUUUUUUUUCCAAAAAACUUGCAAACUUCCAACUGCCAACCCGAAGCGCGAUUUCAGUAGGGUGCGACACUUGCCAGCGUGCGGAAUAAUAACCGUCCGAAAACAACGAGAAAUCCAGCAAAAGGCAAAGAGAAAAGAAAAAAAAACAACAACAAAACGCUGCGCGGUGGACAUUGGUGGCCUGGGGUGUCGCCCAGCAGGCAAAGGUGGCAACGGUGACAGGGGUUAAAUGUGCGGUGGAAUGCGGGACGCACCCGCUCGGUUUACUUGAAGUAACGUUGACGAUAGUACUAAUGUACUAAGAGUGGUUCGUUCACCCUUGAAGCCCACAUUCUGGCAUUCGCCUUCCAAUCGGCUAUGUGUGUGCUUCUAUAUCCAAAAUUGUGCGUGUACGUGUGUAUGUGUGUGCGUGUGUGUGAGAGAGUCUGUUGUGCGAAGAAAGUGCUGUUAUCAGUGAGUGAAAGGCGCCGAGAACGAUCCGACCGUUAAGGACGCUCCUCCACCUCAACGAUCAACCUGCGUGUGUAAGGCGUGAUGCGAGUAGUGCAACAAUCAACAAUCCCAAAUAAACAAUACCACGAUACAGUGGCCAGCGACACGAAAGACUACUCUUACUACUACUUCUGAUACGACUACUACUGUAUUAAAACUAAUUCUAGUCAGUUACUUACAACUACUGCUAGGACACUACCAACACCGGUCAAUGUAUCACACGCUCAUCAUUCAAACUGUUGCCGAUCGUAAGCCGCAUUCAUUGUUAUAAUGGUCAACCGUCGAUCGAAACGCAUCCGAUACGAAGGGACAACACUACUGCGAGGAGUGGGCGUGGAGUCGAGCAGUAACGGUCAGCGUAACGCGAAAGAAACUUGGACCAGUGCACCGUUAACGUAGCUGAGUUGUGUGUGUGUGCGCGCGUGUGUGUGUAUGUUUGCUUUUAAAAGCACGUAUACGAAAGCAGCAUUUGAAAUAUCGAGCAUGUGGUUUGCGUUAACGCUGGAGCGGACAACUUAAAGACUUCAGAUAUUCCCCUUCCCUAUUACCGUUAACGGGGAUACCCUUCCAGCUAUAGUGUGGAUUUCGGAUCGAUCGCCCAACUCCUCAAUAUAAGCACUGUUACUAAGCCAGCAAGACUCUAUAUCGCUAUCGCUAGUCAUCUGUUAUCGUUACCCCCGUCAGUGGGGUAGUAAACGUUUUUGAAACAGGUUUCAUCGUCUCUCGUAUAUGUAUAUAUAAAUAUUUAUAUAUCUAAACAUAUACAUACAUACAUCUAUAUCUCUCUGUUCGUCUGCACUCACAUGUUGUGGGCACUGUAGUUUCCGCAGAAGCUGUAAUCUGGAUAGCUGUGCAUCAGUGUGUAUCUGUGUUGCUGGUGCCUGUAUAUGUAUGUGCGUGUGUGUUUCGUUAUUUCAGCGUCGAGCAACGAAAUCGAGCAGUAAUGCGAUUGCAAUUAUGUGUACCUAUGAGAGCAUUGCUGCUGCCUUGUUCGAGCUCUAAAUGAGAAGUAUGCGAUCGUAAGGACGCAAAGAGUGUUUGUGUAUGUGUGUGUCUAUCGAAGGAUAGUAGUAUAGACAAUUCAAUACCUGCUCAGCAGAAGAUUGCUACUCGUUUAGAGAUGAUCUUGCUGUCCCUCGUACCCUUCCUUAGCUCACUGUCUUAGACUAAAAAGUAGAUCAACCCAGAUUCACUACGACGACUGCCUGAAAUGUUCAGUGUUCCUAAUGCUGUACUGUGCACCCGUAAUCGGGCAGGUAGCUAAAGCAAACUGUACCGCUGUGCAAAAGUGUCAUUUACGCCUGACUGGAGCGUGUGUUGUCCGACGCGGGCAAGUAUUGGCGCUGCUCGACCGGUUCCAGGCCCUGCACUUAAACGCACAGGCACGCAAUUCGUAGCGAUGUUACCGAACGACUCGCCAGACACUAGCAGUAGGCACUAGUAGCUGUGUUUGCAGGGCGUGUAGUUAGCGUGUACCCAACUGCCAAACGGAGCCCCAGAGAUACCAAACAGGGGACCUGCAGGGCGGGAGAUUGAGGAAGGGGGCUCGAACAGGCUCGAAUGGCAUCGUUCGCACACGCAAGCUCGCAGCACGUUCGUACGAUACAGCUUUAGUAGACAUGAAACUAAUGAGCCCGCUGAGGGCGCUGCUACUCGCCCUCGUAAUGACACUCGCCGAAUCUGCUGGAGAAGCUGACUACACUCUGGAUGAUUCAUUCUGGAAUGAGGAAAGCCCAGUAGGUGAGGUCGAGCGUUUACUGAAGGAGCACCAGCAAAACCAAGAGCUAGUGGAUAAGAUCGGUAGCAGCUACUACCAGAUUAUCUAUCCCGUACAGCUGCGCCAUCAUGAGAAGAUGGGCAUCUCGACGCGAGAAGUUAACCAGCCAAAGUUUCCACAGCGUGGCUAUGACGGUAGCUACUCCGGCAGUGGCGGUGGCCGUGGUCGAUCGAGGACUGGGAAGCAUUUUCAUCGAACAUCACUUUUGAUAAAAGCUUUUAACCAUAAAUUUCGAUUAGAUUUGGAAUUAAAUACACAAUUACUAGCUCCCAACAUUGUACAGAAGCACUAUCUACCUAGCGGGUUCGCUCAGGAUUCACAUCGAGAAAUUGAACACUGCUACUACCACGGUACGGUUAAAGACUAUCCGGGAGCUAGUGCAGCCUUCCACACCUGCAACGGUGUCAGCGGUGUGAUACACGUCGGUAAUGAAACGUUUGUUAUUCAUCCAUUUUACGGAGGUGAUUUAUCGCAGAAACAUCCACAUGUUAUAUUUGAAGCACGUACAAAAUCAAAUAAAGGCUGUGCGAAUUCUGGCAACCUCGAGUGGAGGACGCGAUCGAUACGCCGCGGCAGCAGCCACCAUGCCGGGUUAGUGGAGCUGAUCGAUCGCAACGGUGCUGGCCGGUACAGGCGGGAUGUGCGCGAAACCACCAAGUACAUCGAAACGGCCCUCAUUAUCGACAAGGCGAUGUUCCAGAAGCGCAACGGCAGCACCCGGACAGAGGUGGUCCACGAUGCCAUACAGGUGGCGAACAUUGCUGAUCUGUACUUCCGUACUCUGAACACACGCGUGUCCGUUGUAUAUAUCGAAACAUGGCAGGGCCAAAACCAGGCCCAAAUCGACGGAGGCAAAGAUAUUAGCAAAGCAAUAUCCAAUUUUAACGACUAUACAUCUAGGAAUUUGUAUAAAAUAGAUAAAGAUACGACCCAGCUGCUGACUGGCGAGACAUUUGCCGGCGGUGAAGUUGGCAUGUCCGUUCCGGAAACCGUGUGCACACCGAAGGCUGUUGGCAUAAGCGUAGACAUGAAUCCUUAUGAGCCGCAUCUGCUCGCCGGAACGAUGGCGCACAUGAUAGGACACAACAUUGGCAUGGGUCACGACGAUAAUCGUGACGAAUGCAUCUGUCGCGACUGGCACGGUUGCAUUAUGUCGCAAUCGAUUGUCGGUCUGGAGAACGUACAGCCGUACAAGUUUUCCGAAUGCAGUCGACUGGAUUACAUCGAUGCGUUGCGCAUCGGACACGGUCUCUGUUUGUUGAACAAACCGAAUGAGGUGGAGCUUCGUAAGAACUGCGGCAACGGGAUCGUGGAGGAUGACGAGGAAUGCGACUGUGGCAGUGCGCUCGAUUGCGACAAGACGGAUCCGUGUUGUGACGGCAUCACCUGCAAGCUAAAAAAGGAGUCCCAGUGCGCGACUGGGCCCUGCUGUGAUAAAUGUAUUCUAAAGCCUCCGGGCGUCAUAUGCCGCGAUGCGCACAACGAGUGCGACCUACCCGAGUACUGCAAUGGCGAGUCUGGCCAGUGCCCGCCCGAUGUACAUAAGAAGAAUGGCAACCCGUGCGGUAUGAACUCUACCGGCUUCUCUACAGGUUACUGCUUCAACGGUGUUUGCCCUACGCAGGCCGCCCAGUGCGAGCGAAUCUGGGGUUACAGCGGUACUGGUGCCGAUCGAGUGUGCUACGAACAGUUCAACUCGAAGGGCUCCAUUAACGGCCAUUGCGGCAAGGACGCCAAUGGCAACUACAUCAAAUGCGAGCCAGAGAAUAUUCAGUGUGGUUCACUUCAGUGCAAGGAUGGCGACCGUACGCCAGUGGAGGACUGCUGCGAACAUUUGUACUCGCGGGCAAUCAUCUCCAUACGCGGCACGGAGUACGAAUGCAAGUCAAUCACUGGGGCGUCCACUAACUCCAACACGCCACCGUACGGACUGGUACGCGACGGUACACCGUGCGGUGAUAAUCUGAUCUGCGUCAAUCAGACUUGCGUCAGUAUCUUUCCAUACAUCGAUCAAACAAAGUGUCCGACGAACCAUAACAAUCUCGAAUGCUCCGGCAAUGGGGACUGUACCAACAACAAUAAGUGCUUCUGCAAGUUUGGCUGGACUGGCCCGGAUUGCUCAAUUCAGGCGCAUAUCACUACCACGUACCCGUCGCUGAUCACGUCCACCACGUCGGAAAGCACUAUCAUCAUGGAGAAGAAAACGACUCGCUACGCCAACUACCACGGCUCAAACACAGUGUUUCUAGUCGGUGUUUUAAUGUCGGUUGUUGGGGGUGUUUUUAUAACGUUUGCUCUGAUGGCUUUGUGCUACAGGUCAGUUGUAGUACAUAAUAACUUCUCCUUGUGCCUAAGAAAGAAAACGACGCGCCUUAAGUAUGACCCACCGUACGUGAAGAAACCGAUGGCGAAGUACGUUGGGGGCGCCACGGCGGCAAACCAUCACUCGCAGGACGACGUUUCACUGGAGGGCUCGAACAAGAUGAUGUUCGGCAAUCAAACAACCCAGUUCAGAGACCACAAAGCCAUCCGCCGAAUGACCGGAUCAGUCAGCGAGGACGACCCGACCCAUUCCGGCGAGGAGGAGACGGUAUCGUUCAUCGAUCUGCCACCGAACAGUCUGCUGAACAAGCAGAUGCCGGAGAAGGGUAUCCUGAAGAAGCACGGUCUCGGACUGGUGCUGGGCGACGGGACCAAAGACAAGUGGCACGCGGCGAACGAUGACGCGCAGUCCGAUAAUCUCGAAUUGAUUGCUCAGCAAGAAUCCACUAUUCCUUCAUCAGGUGGCCAGGUGGUCGUCGGAGGCGGCGGCGGCGUGGGCGUCGGCGGUGGCGUGGGCGGCGGUGUCGGUGGUUUGGGCGGACCAGGCGUCAUCGGGGGCGUCCUCGGCGGCGGUGUUGGCGGCGGUGGGGGCAUCAUUGGCAGCGGGGGUCUCGGGCCGGGCGUUGGUGGCGUGCUCGGCACCGUCUCAGACGUGGAACGGACGAUGAAGAGCCUGAACGGCUACCACGAGGACAUCCUCGAGGCGCUCCGUUCGGCCGCGCAGGCCCAGCGAAGCAGCGCGAACACUCCAUCCGGUAGCAUCAGCGAGGAGCUGCUGCGGAAAACGCUGGCCGAGUGCGUAACCGGGUCGCAGAUCAGUGCCGCCAGCGUCCAUCCGCAGGAUCGCGAGUACAAGCGGAGCGUCAGCUCGCGCACCGGCAGCCGGGAGAACGUGUGCGAACCGCAGCCGCACGUGUUGAGCGACGCCGGCCAGACGGCAACGCUGCUCCAUCAUCACCGCCAGCAGCAGCAGCAGCAGCAACAGCAGCAGCAGCAUCAGGUCCAGCAGGGUCUGCUCGGGGACGAGGACGAUACGCCCUCUGUUGGGCCGCUGCGCAUCCGCAACCUGGAGGACUUGAUCCGCCAACUGGAGCACCAUUCGUCGCGGCACAUGAGCCCGAGCGGCUCGGAAGAUAUACGCAUGUCUGAGACUGAGGCCGACCGGCACUAUAGGGUAGAUAGUUCAGCCGCCUGUAGCGAAUCAUCCCAUGGCUCGAAUCAACAACUAGCUCAGGUACAAAAAACCGCCACUAUACUGCCACCGUACAGCAGCCGCUGCCGGCCCCCACGCUCCGACGACGAGGGCCGCUUCUCGUAUGGAGGCGCCGGUGGCCCCGGUGGCGGUGGUGGCGGUGGCGUCAUGGUCGGUGCAGGCGGAGGCAGCGGCACCGUUUCCGGGACAGGGCGCUACCGGCAUCCGGCCAGCAUACGGCACCAGGGCCACCAGUCCCAUUCGCCUCACUCGCCUCACUCGUUUGCCCACCAUACGCACCACGGGCACGCGCAUGGGCACUCCUCCCAUGCCGGCCAUUCGUCGCACCAUUCGUCCCACACACACCUGCACCAGGAUGAGGAGGGCAUCUACGAGAGUGCCGACCCGGUGCAUCCGCACGCACACCCGCACGAUCGGUCCGGACUCGACCAGCGCGACACCAACGAUAGCGAAAGUGAUGAAUUAUUUCAAGCUCAACAACAAUUAGCCCGAUGGGCGAGUGAGGAUGUGGUAUCCGUGGUGGUAAUGGAGCAAGGAUCGGAUACGUCCCACGCGCAAGGUCCAUCAUCAGCCAAUACCAUGCACGGCCAUAUGCAACAGCAUCCAUCGCAGCAGCAACCGCCGUCUCAUCAUCCGCCGCCGCCGCAGCCGUCGCAGCAGCAGCCGCCGCUGCAGCCGCCGCAUCAGCUCAUCGACAGCGUCAAUGGAGUGCCAGUAAUGGGCAGCUGUCACAGUAUCAGCAGCAGUAUGAACCAUCAGCUGGUGAACAACAGAGACUACUAUCCUUCGCCACCAUCCACCGAGACAGAGAGCAGUGGAAGCGUAAUACAGCCGUUGAGACGUGGACCCAUUACGCCCGGCCCCGGACCAGACGGAAAUCAUAUAAUGGAGAGUACCGGUCGUUAUCCCGAAUAUAAGCACUGAUAGUAGCUGAACGGGGCCGGAUAUUUCCAUUGAAAUCGAAUCCCCCCAAUUCAACCCAGAAAACACCCGCAUUACCCUCUCCCGCUCCCUUUCGCUCUCCUUUGUUGUACCUUGCCUCCCUGCGGCUACACCGGAGGUUCAACAGGCUACGGGCGCCGAACUGCGCAGUGCGCGGAUGAUGGGAUGAGGACGGUUUAGUGCGGUAUAUCGUCGCGAUUAGUACACCGCCUCCCGUGGCAGGCAGGAGGACGUGUAGCGAACGGAAUAGUGAGAAGCUACGACCAAAGGUGUUGUCCACGAGAAUAGAGAAAAAGAAAAAUGCAGAUAAAUGCAGCAGGACAGUGUAUGUAUGUAUGUGUGUGUGUGUAUUUUAGAUAGAGAGAGAGAGAGAAAGAGAGAUUAAGAGAGAAGCGAUAGCUAGUAAUUACAAGAAACUAAAACUCGAAAUGCAGAUGGACAGGGCCUCAAGCAAUGUGAAAUGAUGAGCACAUUUUCAAACUAAACCUUAGCAAAAAGCGUUUCCAUAACAAUCCAACAGCUCAACAGUGACAGUGAGGAAGAGUGGGUAAAGUGAACGACACUUACAAAAACCUAAAACAGUAAAUAGUAGACACUACACACACAGCUGCAGAUAGUAUUACUUCUUUCUACGACCUGUUUUGAACCGAGCGUACAAACGCUCCCCAUAUUUUAACAACUAUAUGUAUGUCUCUCUCUCUUUCACACACACACACACACACAAACGUCACAUCAAAUUGCAUCACAGUGAGAACUGGUGCCUAGGGCGAGUGUUGAUGCAAUAUCAAUCGCACAUGAGCUACUAACAAACAACGCAUUGCAACGGAAGCCGAUCGACCAGAGUAUGCCCUCGUCUAACACAUGCGAUUUCCAGGCGGGCACUCCUCUCACACUCCUCAUCAAAAUCUGAGCUUAAUUAAAAGAUAGAUUCUACUACUUCGUAAGACAAUUGUGCGACAAAAAAAAAACAUUUCACUCCGAGUAGCGGGCAACCCCUGACGAACGCCCUCUGUCGGUACGAAGCUGCAAAUUCUGAUCCUCCUGCGAUUUGAUGUGAUGGGGUCGAUCGAGCACGAGCGAUAAGGAAACAUAUGCGAGAGUGAAAGAGUGGAGGAAAAAUGGUGAAGUUAAGAAAUAAAGAUAGCAACAGAGAGAGACAGGAAGAAAGAGAAAGAGAGAGAGAGAGAGAGAGAGAGAGAGAGAGAGAGAGAGAGAGAGAGAGACAGCGUCAGAUAUUGCACGGGGAAAAUGAAAUAAUAAUAUUUCAAGAGCUAUCCUCUAGUUAUUUGUUAAAAAAAACUGUUCUUUCGUUAAGUUUACCGAUAUUAUGAUGCAGAACACGCUAAGCGGAAGAGGAGAUAUUUAUUACCAUCCGGAAUCAAAAAGCUAAAACCACAAUACUGUUUAGUGCCUCACAUUGUUUGUGGAAAAGAAAGAACAGCAGAAACGCAAAAACAAAGAAACCUCUAAUUUAUAUAUGUUUAUCUGGCUUAUCAACUAGCGAAAUGUUUUGUAUUUGAGUUGGAACGGAUCACAGAAUGAAAUAAUUUGUCAUUUUCGUUACACGCUACUUCCAUCUAUUAACUGGCAUUGCGAAGGUAAAGUGGUAUUAGAUAUUAAUUUACCAUAACGAUAAGCAUAGGGAGUAGUGGUGCCGCGUAUGUUAAUUAAGGUGAGCUCAAACGUAUGUGUAAGAAACUAAGCCAGUGUCAUUUACCGGGAGCAGAUGAUGUUAAUGUAGCAGCGCAAAGCAUCCAGUAACGUAUUGUAACGCCGUUUGUUGCUAUUUCCAGUGAAUAACAACAAAUAACACCGCAAAAACGGCAAUAACAAAUAUAUACUAAUCAAACGACUGGUGAGAUAGAGGAGGCGCGUAAUGCGAUUGAAUUAAUAAGUGGAUUAGAGCAGUAAGAAGCGAUCGAAAUGGAUUUGUUAUUAUAGUAAGACCAUUGAGAACAUAAUUUCCUACAAACAAAGAAAACAGCACUUCAUGCGCCGGCACAUUAUCCUAAGCAUACUAUCUAAUUAAGGGUAUAAGAUACAUUAUA